CUGAUCCCGGCCCAGAGUCCAGCCUGGGGUGGACGGGCUUUGCUUCAGGCAUUGGAGCCUCCGGCUACAGUUCUCUUCACCUUCCUCGCAGCAAAAGAUUCUGUGGCGCUGCCUUGUGCGGAGAACGUGACAGUGUAGCACCCGAUCUCACAGCCCGAGACUCGUUCUGACACUCCAGAGUGUUUUACAUCUACACCUCUUUAGUAAAUGUCACUCUUCCAAAUAGUUAGCAUCUGCAGUUAUUCAACUGAGCAUUCUUUAGUACAGCUCUGAUUUUAUUUCAAUUGUCAUUUCAGCUAUUGUAAUUUCUUGGUGUUAGCAGAGCAUGUGCGGCUCCUCUUAUCCGGGGAAGGCAAUUGUGGAGAGCUUGUCUCUCUGGUGGCUCCUUCUCUCCUGGAUAACACAGUGGGUUGGCCUGCAGGUGCAUAAGCUGCAGGCAGCUGCCCUCCUGGCCCUGUCCUGCCCUUCCUGGAGGGAUACCAUUCCGAGGUGAUGGCUGGAGGAAACGAGCGGAGCACGAAGGCCCUGAAGGAAGUGUGGAAAAGAGCAGAGAACUCUUUGUGUGCGGACUGUGGGAAGCCAGAUCCUGAUUGGGCAUCCUCUACUUUGGGUGUCUUUAUAUGCCUCAGCUGUUCAGGAAUUCACCGCAACAUCCCCAGCAUCAGCAAAGUCAAAUCCCUGAAGAUGGACUACUGGGAUGAUGCUCAGGUGCAGUUUCUGGCCAAGCAUGGGAAUGCUGUGACUAAAGCCGUCUAUGAAGCUCACAUCCCUAUUUACUAUUACCAGCCAACCUACAAUGACUGCCAAGUACUGAGAGAACAGUGGAUACGGGCCAAAUAUGAACGCAAAGAAUUUACUGAGCCGGGAAAACAGCUGCCAUAUUCUGAUGGGGUGAAGGAAGGCAUCCUUUGGAAGCGAGGUCGAGACAACGGGCAGUUCCUACCCCGCAAGUUCCUCUUGUCUGAGAGAGAGGGAUGUCUGAAGUAUUUCACCAAGCAGGAUGCCAAAGAACCCAAAAUCAAUGUUAAAAUAGAUGUCAUCAAUGCUACAUUCCAGCCAGAGAAGAUUGGGAACCCCAAUGGCCUGCAGAUCACUUAUCUCAAAGACAAUAAGACCCGGAAUAUAUUUGUCUACCAUGAAAGUGGAAAGGAGGUAGUGGACUGGUUCAAUGCCAUCCGCUCUGUGCAGUUCCAUUACCUGAAGGUAGCAUUUCCCAUUGCCAGCGAUAAUGAGAUUAAAAAUCGUCUGACAAGAAACUUCCUGAAGGAGGGAUAUAUGGAGAAGACUGGUCCCAAGCAGAGAGAGGCUUUUAAGAAGCGCUGGUUCACGCUGGAUCACCGCAGGCUCAUGUACUUCAAGGAUCCUCUGGACGCAUUUGCUAAGGGUGAGGUAUUUGUGGGCAGUGGAGAGAAUGGAUAUAGUGUCCAGAAGGGAUUGCCUUCAGGGACACAGGGCAACUUCUCUUGGCACUACGGCAUCACCAUUGUCACCCCUGACCGGGAAUACCUCUUCACCUGCGAGACAGAGGCUGACCAGCUGGAGUGGAUCAGAGCCUUCACUAGUGUCAUCAACCAGGCCAUGACACCACAGGAAUAUGCAAUUGAAGCCUACUUCAAGUUUAAAUCCUAGGAAGCUAUGCAGGAAUCUCGCUAUGACUCGACUCUACCUUGUCCUAUUGGGUGGCUGUCAGGACAGGAGAAGAGAUUGACAUCAGAGAAACACAGUACUCUUGGAGCGCCCUUUGAAGCACUUUUGCCCCCAUAGAAUAUCCACUUUAUUUUGAGGGCCCAAUUAAGCUGCUUCUUUUCAAGUGCAAGAUUUUGUGCGUCUGAAUCCUCAGUACAACCUGUCCCUAUUAAAUUGCUGUGAUCUAACUGGAUACUGACAGGUCUUGCCUGUCAGUCGGGCCUUGAAAACUUUGGCACUUACUAUGUUGGACAUGGGACCUAGCAUGAAACUCCUGCAUGAAACUGCAGACAGCCACCCACCUGACGAAAGAAAACAGAUGUCUGGCUGGAGCCAGGCACCCCAGCAGGCUACAGGAGCUGCUGGACUAAAAAAGCCUGUACCUUUACAAGAAAUAUCAUACCUGCUGGUGACAGAAAUGUGAAACAUCUAGAUAUUUGAUCAGUUAGUGUAAUGGUUGAGAAAGGUCACUUAAAAGAUGUAACACAACAGCCGAAUGUGAGGCCUGUUUCCUUAUGCCAUGGAUGGUCUGGAAAGCUUCUUCAGAUGACAUUUGUGUGCAGACCUUCCACCAAAUGCUUCAGAGAAGAUUAAGCAAUUGUCUCAAAAAAAUGUGGACGUACAUUUGGGUAUGUGGAUAAUGUGUGUGCACACAUAAGAAAAAGUGAUGGAGGCAGAAUACUGUCCUAGGGAAGAUACUGUGAGGGAUAUUCAUGCCACUGAAGAUCAUCUGCCAAACUCAAAUCUCUAUCAAACCAGUGGAGAGGGGUUGGGUCUUGCAGAGAGGAACUGAUAACGUGUAUAGAGUUCAGAGUCUGCUCUAUCUCUCCUAGAGCCUAGGGUUGAUGCCUGAAUAUAGUAAUACAUGGAUCUCUGCUCCCUCAUUCUCUGUAUGUCAAAGGCCUGGCACUUUCAUUCUGACCUUCACAUUGCAUGUGUUUAUCUUGUAUAUCACACAUACAUAUCGUUGUAUGCAGUAGUAUAACAGGAGAGGUCUGUAUGUUCAUGUUCUAUUAGUAAGAGUUAGCCUAAAACACUAAAUCAAUCCAUGAUUCAUGUCUUAAAGCUCAUCUCUUAAAGCUCUCUUGGGAAAGCUGUGUUUCACAUGCUGGAAGGAGUAGCUGAGUUCUGCUGGUGACUGUCAUAUCUGAUGUAUUUGCAGUCUUACGCAGGCAGUGUGAGAGAAGGUAUCUCAUGUGUUAAGGGAAGCUAACUGGAAUUAAUGAGCCAACCAGUAUUUUAAUUAGCUCCUAAAGAAAUAAAUUUAAAAAUCCCAUUGUAA